UUUGGUUUUUUUGGUUUUGUUUUUGGUGCUUUCCUCCAGGCGAGGAUUGUGGGCCUCUAGGGAAAUGCUACAAUUUUCUUACCCCAGGAUGGCACAAAAAGAAAGACACUUUCUCUAACAGGAAUCUUAAAAUGCAAAAAGUAAGCCCCAAGAGCGGAGACUUCUCAAAGGGAAUCUGAAAACUUCCCGUGUCUUCGUGAUUUGUAGAAAUAGGCCUCUUAUAAGACCUCCACCCACCCCCCACCCAGACUCGUGCUAUCCCCUGAUUAAAAACAGAAGGCACUGGUUGUUAAUUCUUUCUGCUUCAGAGAAGGAGAAACCUAUCACAGGACAAUGUCAGCUCUGAAGUGUGGAAGAUCUUCCAGAGUCCCCUUCAAUGGAAACAAGCCGUGAAAAGGGUAUUUAAAUACAUUUUAAUUGAAAAAUUGCGUGUUUAUAAAAUUAAAGGGUAUGUCUGCAGAGUUAAGAACCUGUAAAGGAUUUUCACUAAAAUGGGAAGAAGUGCUCAUUUCCAGGUGGUAAGAGAAUCUUGCCUCUCCUUUAUUAUCACGGGGGGAGAGUGAUUUGUUUUCAUUAUUGCUAGCAUUUCACUGUUAUUUUACCACUCUUGCGAUUGUUGUUAUUUUCGUUUUAGGUAAAUGACUGGCGUGCGGGUGACCCCAGCAGGGGCACGGGCCUCCUGGCUGCUGCGGCGCAGGGGCUUCUGGGGAUUGUAGUCCGCAGACUUUCCUGCGCAUGCGUUAUGGGCUCCGGCGGGCGCCCUGGGCGACCUUGUUUGGGGCGCUGAGGUGAGUCCAGCCCGGACCGCGCCCCGGUCGGAGGCGCUAGGGGUGGAGGGUGUACAGUCGUGAUCGCGCCCUGUUGCUAGAUGGGAGGAGUUGGAAGCGGGGACUGGUGGCCAAUGAAAGAGCCUUCUUGGCGGGGCGGAGUGUUGAGGUGCUCGCCCGGCAUUCCUUGGGAAGAGGUGGGCGAGCUUGAGCUGGAUUUGGGGGGACUGACUCCGGUAGUGCCUCUGCAGGUUUUGGAUUUCUGCGUUCUCGGGAUCCCAUUCUUUCCAAGAGGAAGACAGUAUGGUUAAGUUCCGGGAAACUGUGACCUUCAAGGAUGUGGCUGUGGUCUUCACUGAGGAAGAGUUGGUGCUAUUGGACAAGGCCCAGAUACACCUGUACCAGGACGUGAUGCUGGAGAACUUUAGGAACAUUGUCUCAGUGGGAGACAGGAUUAAAGACAACAUUUCACAUCUUCAGGGAAAAGGGUUGAGUUAUUUCUCGCCAGAAGGGCUCUACCGCUGGCCGAUUUGGAAAUAAAGGAUCAGUGAAUUAACUGGGAGUCAGGAGUGUAUCAUGACUGUUCAAGGAAAUUGUCCCCAGUAUUUAGAAGGAGAUGUUUUCUUCUCUGAAGAAUGGGCGGGAGUGUCUCUUCAGAUUUCUGGAAGUGAGAACUAUGUAAUAAAGGCCAUUAAUUUAGAAAAUCAAGAUGGCACAGGGUGGAAAGGCCCGACACAAGUCCUUACACCCGAGUCUUGGAAGGAAGCCCACAUGACUGAGCGCCAGAAUUCUCAAGGACAAGAUGAGAGAAUUCACGUGGAACAGACACUGUAUGGAUGCGCUCAGGGUGAUGGUCACAUCAGUCAGACAUCACGGGGUCAUGGUGAUUCCCAGGAAUGUAAAGAAGAAGAUCCCUGUAGAUACACUGACUGUGGGAAGCACUUGGCAGUGAAGUCAACAGUCCAUAACAUAGUCCCUGUGGUACCACAACCUGUCAAAUGUAAUAGCUAUGAGGUGGGAUACAUAGAUGUUGCAGACCCUCUUGUCCAUCCCAGCACUCACGUAGGAGAACAGUCUUGUAGGUGGGACCAGUGUGGAAAGGACUUCAGUCAGAGCUCAGGUCUUUAUCAUUAUAAAACUCAUUCAGAGGACAAAGCUUAUGAAUAUCAAAAGUGGGCUGAGGGCUGCAAGCAGAGCACAGACCCUCCCAGAUACCAGAAGGGCCCCUCGGGAGACAAACCCUAUAAAUGUCCCGAAUGUGGCAAGGUCUUCAGGCGCAACUCCUCUCUUCACAACCAUCACCGAGUCCACACGGGGGAGAUGCCCUACAGAUGUGAUGUGUGUGGGAAGGGGUUCGGAUUUAGGUCCCUUCUUUGUAUUCAUCAGGGAGUGCACACAGGGGAAAAGCCCUACAAAUGUGAGGAGUGUGGGAAGGGCUUUGAUCAGAGCUCCAAUCUUCUUGUCCACCAGAGAGUCCACACUGGCGAGAAGCCCUACAAAUGCAGUGAGUGUGGCAAAUGCUUCAGUUCAAGCUCUGUUCUUCAAGUCCACCGGAGGCUGCACACGGGGGAGAAGCCUUACCGGUGUGGCGAGUGUGGAAAGGGCUUCAGCCAAAGCACACACCUUCACAUUCACCAGAGAGUCCACACAGGGGAGAAGCCCUACACAUGCAACGUGUGCAGAAAGGCUUUUGCCUACAGUUCAGUUCUUCAUACUCAUCAGAGAGUUCACACAGGAGAAAAGCCUUAUACAUGUGACGUGUGCGGUAAGGGCUUCAGUUACAGCUCAUAUUUUCACUUACAUCAAAGAGAUCAUACCAGAGAGAAACCGUAUAGAUGUGAUGAGUGUGGUAAGGGCUUCAGUCGGAAUUCAGAUCUUCAAGUGCAUCUCAGAGUCCACACAGGAGAGAGGCCCUAUAAGUGCAAGGAAUGUGGUAAGGACUUCAGUCGUAACUCAUACCUUCUUGCUCACCAGAGAGUGCAUACGGAUGAGAUACACUGUGUGUAUUGUGAGGAUGGCCAGGGCUUUCGUUACAGCUCGGACCUUCUUACUCAUCAAAGACUGCACAAGAGGACGGAAACAUUCUCAAUGUAGUUAGUCAGGGUUCAAUCAGGAAACCAAGAAAGUCCAUGCCCUGAAGGUGAUAGAGGCUUACUCGGCAAUUGGGAGGGCUGGGGCAGCAAAGGGCAAGGACACUGUCACCCAU